AUGGCGGUUUCCAGCUUGUCCCAAGAUCUCCCAGCCACCAAACUUUUCAGCGGUAUUGUCAUGUAUCAAUGGCAAGGCUAUUGGUAUCCACCUAGUCAUCUCGAGGCUGCAAUGGAUGUUUCUAAGCAUUUCGUGGCUCAUCCCGAUGACAUUCUCUUGGCCGCGGCCCCCAAAACUGGCACCACUUGGCUCUCAGCCCUCCUCUUCUCUAUAGCCAGCCAUGGCCUCAUCCCAAAAGAAGAGAUACAAAAGACCACAAAACUUCCACUUCCUAGGCUCUUUAGCACACAUAUACCUUAUAGCACCUUGCCUGAGCCUUUGAAGGACUCUGGUUCUCGAAUUAUUUAUAUCAGCCGCAACCCGAGAGAUGCAUUUGUGUCGCUUUGGCACUUUUCUCAGAAGAUACAGAGAGGAAACUCAGACCCAUUGACAUUUGAGGAGGCAUUUGAGCAAUUUUGUGAGGGUAAGACCGCCUUUGGCCCCUUCUUAGAGCAUGUCUUAGAGUAUUGGAAAGCAAGCCAAGAGAGAACACAAAACAUUUUAUUUCUCACUUACGAAGAGAUGAAGGCGGAUACCAAGGGUGGGGUGAAGAGGAUGGCUCAGUUCUUGGGUCGAUCCAUUGAGACAGAGGAGGAGGUUGAGGAGAUAGUGGACAUGUGUAGUUUUGAGAGGCUGAGUAACUUGGAGGUUAACACAAGUAAGGAGAAGUCACCUUGGGCGUUUUUUCCAUACAAUUCAUUUUUCAGGAAGGGUGUGGUGGGAGAUUGGGUAAACUAUUUCACCCCUGCGAUGACUGAGCGGCUCGAUCGGAUCAUUCAAGCGAAGAUCCAAGGGUCCGGACUACAAUUUAGAUUCGAAUAGAAUCGAAGGUAAUGUCCUUAGGAAUGGGAUCAAGGCUUGGUGGUCUGAGUGGUGGUGCGCCACAACGUGACAUUUGUUUCAUUCCUACCACAGUUACAAGAACCCUUCCUACUGAACUACAAAAUAAAAAACAGAGGCCUAGGUCUCUGUUUCCUUUCCCCUGGAAUUUUUGUGUGGUUUUUGUAUCUUCACUGAUCUCCUUUACUGGGGAGUGUAUUGUGUUAUUUUGCUUUAUUUAGAAAGCUU